AGAGGGGUGUGGCCAUGUCGGACAGCAGCCAGAGAGCCGUGCUGCGGGAGGAGCAAGCAGCGUGUUUCCGGUAAGAGCGACACAACAGUACCCUUAAAACCUUCACAGGGAACGAACCUUCGAGCGGCGGGGAACACACGCGGCAAUGGAAGCCGAGUUUCGGGAAAUUGAUGAGCUCGGGAACUGGAACGCCGUUUACCAGGAAAUUAGGCAGCAGUCCAGUGACCUACCAUGUAAGAUUGCCAAACUUCCAGAAAAUAGAAGUCGUAAUCGCUACAGAGACGUCAGCCCAUUCGACCACAGUCGUAUUUGUCUACACAUCGGUAAUAAUGACUACAUCAAUGCCAGUCUGAUCUCUGUGGAGGAAGCUCAGAGAAACUACAUACUAACUCAGGGUCCGUUACCGAACACCUGUGGUCAUUUCUGGGAGAUUGUGUGGGAGCAGCGCUGUCGAGGGGUCGUGAUGCUGAACAGGGUUGUAGAAAAAGGCUCGAUAAAGUGUGCUCAGUACUGGCCGCAGCGAGAAGAGAGGGAGGCGUUUUUUGAGGACACAAACUUCAAACUCACUCUGAUCUCAGAGGAUGAGAAGUCAUACUACACGGUGCGACAACUGGAGCUGGAAAAUCUGUCGACACAGGAAACACGGGAGAUUCUUCAGUUCCACUAUACCACGUGGCCAGAUUUCGGUGUGCCUGAAUCGCCCGCGUCUUUUCUCAACUUUCUGUUUAAAGUGCGGGAGUCAGGUUGUCUGAGCCCGGACCAUGGCGCUGUUGUGGUCCACUGCAGCGCUGGUAUCGGCCGUUCUGGAACCUUCUGUCUCGUGGACACCUGCCUUUUACUGAUGUCUCAGAGGAAAGAUCCAUCAUCGGUGCGCAUCCGAGAGGUUUUGCUGGAAAUGCGAAAAUACCGCAUGGGUUUGAUACAAACAGCCGAUCAGCUGCGUUUUUCUUACCUCGCUGUCAUAGAGGGAGCCAAGUACAUUAUGGGAGACACCUCUAUACAGAUGUCAUGGAAAGAGUUAUCCAAUGAGGAGGAUCUCCCCCCUGAAUUUACUCCUCCUCCCAGACCGCGACCCCCAAUAGACCCCCCUAAUGGCACAGGUGACCUGGUGAACUGUGAGCCUGUAAACUUCUUCGCACAGGUGCCGCACAACACAGAGAUUUUUGUGAGCAGGGCACCCCAGGUAUUCACUGAUGGGCAAGACCUUCGCAGAAGGGCAGCCGCAGCUGGUGAGGUCGGACAACCCGAAAACCCAAUUGUGGCAACAGAAGCCCCUCCCAAACCUGCACGGUCUCCACCUGAAACUCCACCAGCAGAUGCUCCCCACAGUGUUUGGAGCCCCCUGCUGGUCAACACGUGCGUGUGUACAGUGCUGGCUCUCGGUGCUUACAUCUGUUACCGCACCUUUGCGCACUGAUGUUCUCUUUCCAUCUCAGUUGAUCUUAUUCUUUCUCUUUUCCCCCAUCUGCUGGCUGUUGGGGGAAGAGAGAGAGAGACCGACACAGACGCUCACACUUUCUCAGCUGGACCUGUCUCUCUUUCAGCUGGGCCUGUUUCACGCCCUCCAACAUCUGGGGAGAGUUUAAGAGACUUUUCUCAUCCAAACUGCUGUGGUCCCCGUCUAUACACACCCUUCAAUAAACGUGUGUCCGUUUAAAACCUCAGGGCCUCACAAUUCAGGUGUAAUAACCCAAACAUUCAACACAGGUAAAGAUCCAAAAACCUCUGUUAUUGCUGCAGUGAAUAGGGAAUUUUCGUUUGUAUAUGUAACUUGGUAAUUUUUGCAUUUUUAAUAUGAUGGCUAUCACAAAGAUGUUCCAAAUGAAGCUCUACAAAAGAUCAGCUCUUCACAGAGCUGGGUAGGGUUUUAUAUAUGCUGAACACACAAAUCUGCUGUACAUUAUAUACUUGUGUGUGUGUGUGUGUGUGUGUGUGUGUGUGUGUGUGUGUGUGUGUGUGUGUGUGUGUGUGUGUGUGUGUGUCAGAAAAAGUGUUCAUAAAUAGUCUAGGAUGUUCGUAUCAGUGGAAACGUCACAAACUAGCUGACUGAACAUUUCCAACUUUUCUGUUUCCAUCCUUUGUUUCUUUAGCUUUUAUACGAACCCAAAGGUAAUACUGGCACUUCAUGAAAAAAAAGAAGUCAUGUAACACUCAAGCAAGCUGAUUGACGUUCAUUCGUUACUGGGGAGUUUUUUUCUUUCCUUAGUCAAACCGGUUUCAAUUUUUUACCAGAAUGCUCAGAAUUUCACAAUUCAGACAAACCCAUCUGGCCCAUCAGCUUGUCCUUCAGAAUUUAAAUGCAAUAAAAGUAACUACAGCCGUUUAUCCAGACCAGAGCUCGCCGCAGGUGUCUGUUUUCACAGGUCCUUCCUGGUAUACCCAUCUAAAAUGUUAGAUAAAAAAUUCUUAUGUCUGCUACUCUAAUAUUCAGCAUUGGGAGAAUGUUUACUUUUUUGUGAAGUUCCAAUUUAUUCAUGUCUUGAGGAAAGUCUUUAGUGUUAGCAUCUAGAGCUGGCUGAUUUAUCGCUAACCAGACCAAACUGAAAAGAAGGUUUGGCAAAGCCAGACCAGCGGGAGGCAGUAUUUGACUUACUGGAGCUUUACAUAGACAUCCCCCCACAGAUGCAAUCAAAGUGUCUUGUGGGAUUUUGAUUUUCGUCUCACUUUUUUUUGCAAUAUACAUCCAUUCAGGUUCUUGUGGUCCUUAUCACAUGCCUUGAUGAAUAGUGUGAGGAUUAAAUUAACCAAAAAUAAAACACCAGCACAGAAUGAACGAGGAGAGAGAAAAGACCAGUGGCCGUGAGCUGUCUUUGUGUUUUACACUUUUAUUCUACUAUUGUUUUUGUCCUAGUAAUUAUUAUAAAGAGAUCAACUGGGCAUAAACAUUUUCUUCGAUUCAAACCACACUUCUUGAAGAACAGUGAACGUGUGAAAGUCCAAUGCAGUAACCCUGAGACAAAUCUAUUUUACAUUAUGUUGUCCUCAAAUCAGACUAUUUUUCUGACUUAGAUUUGUGUGGUCACACUUUAACUACCAUUUGACCAAUCAAGAAUGUUGGUUGUUAGGUAGGGUUUCAGUUUGUACUGGACCGAGAGACUGGAUGAGUGAUUUACACAAAUCUUUGAUUUGAAGGGUGUAUUCGACCAUCCGUUGUACUGUUGUUGUGACUUUCUGAUUAACAGAAUCUGGUCCCAUAACUGGACCACAGAAUGUAAAGUCUCUUCUUGCCAGCUUUAUUUACACACAUACGCAUAGAAAUGUAUUUGUCUGUGUCCUUGUUUGUCAUGCUCAGUUGUGAGCUAAAAGAAUUCUGGGGUCGUGCGAGGCUCGAGAAUUCCUGUUUUCCCACCAUCCUGUUGUCGUCUUAAUGUUGAUCAUCUGUUUGUUUUUGUAAGAAAAGCAUAUGUUCCAGGUUGAUGAGUUGACAUUUGAAAUUUUAUUUUUGGACGGAACACAAUUCAGAUUCUGUGGUAAUAAACUCAUACUUCUCUGA